GAAAAAAAAAGAAUCAAGCAGUGUGUUAUGGGAGAGGAUUAAACAAAUGUGUUUAAGAGUAAAGAACAACGACAGAGUUACCAACGGCCUCACAUCCCAUCACUUCUCUGGUUGGCAGUUCCUCUUGCCCUGAGCCAGGAUGAAUGACGUUCAGGAGGCCACCUCCCCUGCGACCAGCCUCAGCGGUCCAGCUACCUGUGUCUCCAAAGUAGAGCUGCGUGUGUCCUGCAAAGCUCUGCUGGACCGAGACACGCUGAAUAAGUCAGACCCCUGUGUCAUCCUCAUGAUACAGACCAACGGACAGUGGACAGAGCUGGACAGGACAGAGGUGAUCAAGAGCAACUUGCACCCGGUCUUUGCCAAGGUUUUCUCUUUGGACUACUACUUUGAGGAGGUUCAGAAGCUGCGAUUUGAAGUCUAUGACAUCCAUGGCACUCACAGCAUCGGGACUCGUGACGAUGACUUCCUGGGUGGUGUGGAGUGCACUCUUGGUCAGAUUGUGGCCCAAAAGAAGAUGGUGAAGCCUUUGUUGCUGAAGUACGGAAAAUAUGCCGGCAAAUCCACCAUCACGGUGCAUGCUGAGGAAAUUUCUGGCAACAACGGAUAUGUGGAGCUCUCCUUCUGUGCCAAGAAGCUUGAUGAUAAGGAUCUCUUCAGCAAGUCAGACCCGUUUUUGGAAAUAUACCGAAUUAAUGACGAUGAAACCGAACAGCUUGUGCACAGAACUGAAGUGAUAAAAAACAACCUGAACCCUGUGUGGGAGCCUUUUAAAGUGUCUCUCAUAUCACUGUGCAGCUGUGAUGAGGACCGGAAGCUCAAGUGCCUAGUGUGGGAUUAUGACUCCAGGGGGAAGCACGACUUCAUCGGCGAGUUCUACGCUACUUUCAGGGAAAUGCAGAAAAUUUCCAGUGGAAAUAAGGUGACGUGGGAUUGUGUGAAUCCCAAGUACAAACAGAAGAAGAGAAACUAUAAAAAUUCAGGAGUUGUCAUCCUAAAUGAUCUUAAGCUCCACAGAGUGUACUCCUUCUUAGAUUACAUCAUGGGAGGAUGCCAGAUUCACUUUACGGUUGCCAUUGACUUCACAGCCUCUAAUGGAGACCCCAGGAACAGCUGCUCAUUGCACUACAUCAACCCUUACCAGCCCAACGAGUACCUGAAGGCUCUGAUAGCAGUAGGGGAGAUCUGUCAAGACUAUGAUAGUGACAAAAGAUUUUCAGCUUUGGGGUUUGGUGCCAGAAUCCCUCCGAAUUAUGAGGUGUCUCAUGACUAUGCCAUUAAUUUCAACCCAGAGGAUGAUGAAUGUGAAGGGAUCCAAGGAGUGGUUGAGGCAUACCAGAACUGCCUUCCUAAGAUCCAGCUGUAUGGCCCAACCAAUGUUUCUCCCAUCAUUAACAGGAUAGCCAAGCUGGCAGCAGGUGACGGCAACAUUAAAGAUGCCUCUCGAUACCACAUCCUGCUCAUCCUGACGGAUGGUGUGGUAACAGACAUGGCGGACACGCGUGAAGCCAUUGUGCGAGCCUCCUACCAGCCUCUGUCCAUUAUCAUUGUUGGCGUGGGCAAUGCGGACUUCACAGACAUGCAGAUUUUAGAUGGAGAUGAUGGAGUCCUACGCUCACCAAAGGGCGAGCCUGUCCUCAGGGACAUUGUGCAGUUCGUGCCCUUCAGAGACUUCAAAACGGCUUCACCAGCAGCCCUGGCCAAAUGUGUCCUGGCAGAGGUGCCCAAGCAAGUAGUGGAGUACUACAGCCAUAAGGCCAUCUCCCCCAUGUGUCCAGUGAGGGACUUAAACACUCCCAUCCUCAGCCCAGUUGCCACCACCCCAACAGAAUAACCACACCAACCAGUCAUGGGGACCAAGCUUUGACCACAGCACCAGUCCAGUAAACUGAGAGGGAGAGAGGACGCAUGCCUCGACAUUUUGGACAAGAACUGAAGAGAAAAAGUUCUAAAUGUGUUGUUACUCAUUUAUUUCAUUUUUCAGUCCUAUCAAAGUGUUUACACAAGGACAGUACAACAGAAACUGCGUUAUAUUUCUCUGCUCAGUGUGGAUUCAGCACUUCUGCCUGGCUGUACAAAUUGACCAUCCAGCUGUUUCAGCAUCAUGAGUCCUGGAGGAUUAUAAAUGCUAAAGGUUUUUUUCCCCAAUUUUUAUGCAUGCACACCAAUCCCUCAGUACAAAUCCAAUGAUUGAAUGGAGGCUUAUUAUUCCUCUGCCCCUGAAAUUCAGCCCCUGUAUUACUGUUUCUGUUUUAUACCAUCGUCAGAUGAAGAUUUACUGUACAGUAUAUCACAAUCGAAAUUAGAUUGCUCAAACCUAACCCAAACCCUAACCCUAACCCUCAAAUAUGCUAACAAUAUUUAAUCGAAAUAUUAUACAUUAAUCACAGAUGCUUCAUUUAUAAAUGUAGAUAUAUUAUUACAUUGACCUGCCAUCAUAUACCUGAGUCUGUCUGGCUUCAGGAUUGGCCUUAUUUUAGAUUACAGACAAUAUUUUCAGAGACACACAUCAUAAUUUCAAAUUAACUUACCACAAGUAGCUAUAGUGACAGACUAGUGGUAAUUCAUAAAUGCUACACUUUUCUAGUAAAAUAUAAAUGAAUUAUUAUAAUUUAUUGCUUGCAACUAAAAGCGUAAGUGUACCAGCCAUUCUCAACAAACAAAAAAAUGUCCUGUUUGCAACUGCAAAAACCAUGAACAAGCAAAGCUGAGUAUCUGUGAAUGUCUGUGUUUGGCAGUUAGCCAGUACAGGUUGCCAAGUUAGUGUACUGUACUUGUAAAAUAAUUAGCUAUAUAACAAUAAUUAGCUAAUUCCACAGUAAUUGGGCCCUCUUAAAAACAAGAACAAUGGAAAAAUCUUUGUUUAGUUCUGAUGUUUGACUACUUCAGACCUCUGCACCAUGUAUACCUGUAAAACUGCCAGUGACCUAUUAACUUCAUCAAAAUGCGAUCCAGGGUACAGCUAGAGCUCUUUGUAUGAUGUUUUUUCAGUUACAACUGGGCGCUAACAAGUCACAGCAAAGCAGAAUAUACAGUGAGGUCAUUGGCUUGCAGGGUGACUUGGGAAAUGUUACUGGAUUGUUGUGCCAUAACAAAAGGUUGCAAAGGACUGCCUUUUUCCAAGGUUAGCUGUGAUCAAGGCUCAAAUUACAUAUUUCUCCAAGAGAAGAAGAAUGAUCACAUCCUAUUUUUUAUCUUUUGUCAAGUGGCUGUGAUAUAAGCUGUGAAAAUCAUGCUUCAUGCCAGGUGGAUCCUUUCCUUUCUGCAUUGUCCGUUAUUGUUUUCAUCCCUAAGCCAACCGUCAUGGAGGUGGUAGCAUUCUUCAUAUUUCUGCAGUAUAUUUCAUCAUUUGUUCCUUUCUGCUUCUUUCUAUGCCCCAUAUACGAUAAUUCCACAAGAUGUUUCACAGAUCAGAUCAAAUGAAAGCACAAAGCCGAUCACAGUAAGUGCUGCAACACAAACAGAAAUGUUUCUAAAGCCAGAUAUGGAAUUUGUUAAAUUAACAUCAAAAUAUAAUAAAUAUAAAAAAUGUAUGAUUUUUAUAUCAUUUACUCAGUAAUCUUUGAAAAGUUGUGUCUUACCACAAAAUUAGUGUUAAAAUAAAAAGGUUUGCUUAAAAUAUUAAAUGUGCAUCUCCGAAACAAAUAGUUCUGUGAAAAUAUUCUAGUCAUAUCUAAAUGAACCUUGCCUGAAGCAUCACUUUAUUUAUUGGAUCAGAUGGCUGCAUUUGCUUUUAUAGCUUUUUGUUUGAGCUUUACAAUGUACAUCUUAUUCAAAAGAUUUAACCUUCAGUUUAAUUCUCCUUGCCAGAACUGUCAUUUUGUCUUCAAUGUGUUCAAAAUGUAGCCUUUAAAAAGUCAGAAAACACUGUCUCGUAUUUUGGCCUCAGUAUUUCUAAACGUUAAUGCUACAGAGAUUGAGGCACAUGUGAACAUUGGCAUGUAACAAAACAAGAGAGGAGAGAUUAUGUGAUCAAGUCACAUGCAAGUACAUUUUCAAAGGGUGUGGAAAAAGUCACACAAACAAGAAAGUUAUGAAGUUAAAUAGUAAUAUAGUAUAAUAAAUAGUUUACAUCUUUUAACAGUUUUAAAAAAGCAUUUUCCUGGCAUUUAAACAUUUGUGUCUCUUGUGCAAGGAACCUCAAGCACCCCCUUCAUCAAAAAGAAAAGAAAAGAAAGUCUUAGCUUUAUCAAGCAAACAUUUUCUUAACACAGAUGAUUUCACCUCAGGAGUAGGUGAUUGAUGGUAAUUUAAUCCCACACAAAUUCUAUCUCAUUCAUUGAGUUUGAGGUUUUUGAUUACAUUUGCAAACUGACAUUCAACAUUAGAUCCAAAGAAAGCAUAAUAUUCUGUAAGACUUGAACAUUUUAUGAAUAAAGCGCCCAAACUGUUGCUGAUCCCAGCAGUAAGUCUGACAGAAAAGCAUAAACAACAAAAAUGCUCCACUGUUUUAGGACCUGACUGCACACUGUACAUUAUAAGCCCUAAUAUUGUGUGGUUUGGCUGGAUAGUUCAUUAUUUGGCGUCUGUUCUAGUAAUAGCUCAGUACAUUGUAUACUUGCUUAGUGCUUUAGCAUUUAUCUUAAAUGGUGUAUAUGUGCUCGGACUGGUGAUUAAUUCUCUUGGCCAGAAACCAAGCUGCCACUGUCAUUAAAUGCAUAGUGUUUACAGCUUAUCUAACAAACACACAUACACCUCCAAGCUACAAAUAUUAAUAUGACUUUGAUUUGUCCUCUAGAGCUUCACCAGCCCUCCCCACAUACAGCCUAUUGACUCAUGAAUGCACCUAAACACAGCUAGCACUGCUGCUGGCUGCUCUCUGAACUCCUUUGAAGAUCCCAACUAUUGAGGAUUCUUCUGUCACUGUGGCUCAUAGGAUGAGGUCUAUUGAUUCAGCAGGUUCAGAUUUGGAGCCAGUUUCUCGAAUGUAGAUGAUCAUGGAGGGACUAUGGUCUCACAACUGAAACUCAGCUCCAUGUGACUGGUUUACAACAGGGUGGGAAUGGGAUGCAUAAAUUAGGAAAUACCCUGCUGGAAUAAACAGCAUUCGACAUUGUUCGUAAUUUAUUGAAAGACCUUGUCUUUUCUGUAUGAUGAAUAAUUAUCUUAGCAUGUCAAUACAUUCCUUUAUUUUCAUACAUUCCAGAUUCUUUACAUGUAACAACUGUAGUUGUCAUUUUACAGAUUACUGGUUCUCACAAGAUUUACAUCAAAAAGUUGUGUGCCAUUUUCAGAUGCUAUGAUGCUGAAAAAAAGUAAAUAAUCUUUGAAAGCCUUUAUCCAUGAAACCAGCUUUGUGCUUUCCCAUAAAUCUUUAGUGGGUUCUGACUAAAUAAGGCAGGAACGGCAGAUAUCAACCAAUAUUUCUGUUCCUUGAGGAUAAACCAGCUUGCAUAUGUCUGAAAGGCAUCAGCACUACUCCCAUGAUUCGUGCCUUACAUGGCAAUUCACACCUUGUACCCUAUUACCUGUAUCACCUUAUUGCUACUUUGCCUCAGGUAAUGAGCUGCACGGGCUCAAAUGGUUCAAUACCCCAUUCUCUUAACAUUUUUAUGAGGUAUGAUUUUACAAAUGAUAGAUGACUGACCUCAGAAGAUACAAAAUGUGACUCCUUUAUCUAAUAAGUCAUUAUUUUGUUUGUUUUUUAAUUUGUUUUUAUUAUCAUUUAAGUGAUACAGAAAUGCCAAAAUAAGUGUUUUCUCGGUUCAAACGCCAAUAGAGGCAUGCAAACGUUUUAUGCCCUUCUGGGCAUCGUCUGAAUUACAAAAUGUAUUAGAUGUCUUAUGGUAAUGUGAGUUAAACAGUGAUGCAGAGGUCUUUAAUGCCUCACCAGAGUUACCCCAAACAAGCUCUCAUGGCCUCAUAAAAUUAUUUUAAAUUAUUUAUCUUGUAUAGUGUUCAUUAAGUUAAAAGUUAAAAAGGGUGAAUUAUAUUUGCUCUCGGCUAUCUUUAAUUAAUUUAAGUUGAUUGACAGAUCAUUACAACCAAUCAUGUAUAGACAGUAUUCAAAGAAUAUCAUUGUUUGUGUUCAAGAGCUGAACCCAAGUAUGUGGUGCCAUGUGGUGUUGUCUAAGCUCCGAACAGCUUGAAAAAUCUACCCUCAUGUCUUAAUGGGAACCCAUCAUUUGUGCCAUAGUGGUGCAAACAACAGUGAACUGAAACACUGAAGACAAUAAGACCACAGUUCAUGCGGCCAUCUUGCACAGUGGAUUAAAAGAAUCUGGGGAGAAUCCACUGAGCUGCUAAUUUCCCCUUAUCUGUACUUGCGCCAUUGUCAGACAAAAUUAACAAGUCAUAGGUUUCGCACCAUGCUGAUGUAUUUGAAAUUUCCCAUACUCUCUCCCUCUAUUUCACCCACCCACUGUUAAUCAGAACAAGGUUUACAGCCCAUAACCCUAAUAUGCAACUUGUAUAACUGCAGGCCGUGUGGGUAAGAAGCAACCCAUGCAUCAUUAGUAAAUAUUUGAUUAUUUCAAAAGGAAAAAAAGGGAUUUAUUGCAUGCUUACUUUUAUUGUUAAGCUGUGCUGUGCAGUCAUUCCUUUGGAUUUUAUGAUAUGCUAAUAUGCAAGCCUGCAUUUGCACAAACCUCUG